AUGGAAUUGGUGCAAGCAACAAGCAAGACUGGUGCGGCGUUAAUUUUACAAACUGUGCGUCUUGAAAAUAAGCACAACACGUUAAUUUUGGCUAUCGACACGAUUAAGACCUACAUUUUUUAUCGGCAUAACGGUACCGAAGGCCACAUUAAUCGCAUCGCUGUGGCUAAGAACCAUCAACGGCAAGAAAUUGGACGUAGCUUAUUGCAGUAUGCUAUCGCAACCUUGCGCACGAAGAGGCAGCGGUUAUACUACUGGAAGUGGACACAGCAAAUACACGGGCCAUUGCACUGUACGAGUCACAGGGUUAUAAAAGCACCACUCUAUACGGAGUGA